GAGCUCCUUUAAGAUUAUUCCCUUAAAGCAGUUCUCCACCAUGCUCUUUAUUUAACCCUUCAUGGUUGUUUCGGAACUAAUAAACGUCCUCUAAUUCAUAGCUUUGGGACCACUAUGAUGCUGACGGCAGUGGAUAUCUAGAUUGCAUCGAGUUGAAGUCAUUUUUUCGCGACAUUUUAACAAGAAACAGGAGUGAGAGUGAUGCUGAAGACCCAGAUCUGGACAAGAAAAUAGAUCGUUACGUCAAAACAAUGUUCGAAAUGCAGCACAUUAAAGGGGAAAAAGUCAGCCUCGAAGAAAUGUGCAAGUUUUGUCCCGUUGAAGAGAAUUUUCUGGAGCAAUAUGAGACAUUCACCGAUGAGGAGUUCGAGGAAAUAUUCGCACAUUAUGACCAGGACAAUAGUAAUGAAAUCGAGGGAUGCGAGCUGGAAGGCUUCCUGAAAGAUCUUUAUGAAAAGAAACAUAAGCAGGGUCAGUCGUUUGAAAAAUUCAAGGCAGAAAAGAUGAAGAAAUUUGACAAGGACAAGGACCAGAAGUUUAGUAAACAGGAAGUAAAAAAUAUCUUGGACAAAACGUGUUGAUAAAGCAGUCAUCUUUUCCAACCGAUGGUUUACCGAAAGCGAUAUAACUAUAAUUUAUAAUAAGAUAAAUUGAGGGUUUCCUGCACUUAUGAACUUUAUUUACAAGUUUUCUUCUAUAUUGCACUCGUAUUCUUUUUACCAUGAAUUUUUUAGUUUGUAAUAUAUAGAACACCCAAACGAGUUUUAGUAUAACAACUAAUAAAGUUUAAUGGUAAGAGUUUCAUCACCUUAAUAGCAGAGAUUUCAAGAGAAAACGUUUUCUUUAGUAUUUACGAGAGGAACUGAAGGAGGGUGAUCGUUAAAAGAUCAGUUUCAUCUUGAUCCUUUCAAGUUCUUUAAACAUAACUUGUUCCGAGAUAUAUAGAUAGCUUAAUUAAGUAAAAUCAUUGCAGCCCCCCAAGCGGCUGAAUUAUGACAUCCUUUGCAUAUCGUUAAAAUAACAAAUUGUUACCUAUGUCUUUUAUACAGCUGGGUCAUUCAUUUGAAAAAUUCAAGGCAGAAAAGAUGAAGAAAUUUAAUUUAAACUCACAGGAUUUAACGAAAAAAGUUUUGUGGGGGGAUGCUGGGGUUUAUGAGAAAUAUCGGAUCUCGCUCUCUUUCUCAGGCUCACCGGGCCCUGGGUGUGAGAAUGGGCACGUUUGGUAGUAGGGUAAUAAUGGAUUCUUCAAAGUGAGGUUUGUUGCGAGAAGAGUGGAAUUGAAAACCACACUGAUGUGAUUUUGGACUGAUAAGAUACAUUACAAUCAUUCCAUACAUUGUUUUGAUGCCAUUUUACACAACCCAUAGCCUCGACCUUUGGACGCCGCCAUCAUCGUUCUCGGGCCAAACUAGCUGGGAGCAAUAUCUAAAACAAAACCGGAUUGGAAUGAAAGCGGCAAACAGCGAACGAAUUUCAUACUAUCGUGUCCCACAGAGAUCAAGUUGAACAUGAAUUUAUAGUGCAAUAUAUUUGACCUAUCAGAGCAACGUUGCAGUAAACAGAACAGUUAUCCAAAAGCACUCCCUCAUUUAAUGAGAGAAUCUCGUUGUUUUCUACAAUCUUUCCCUGUUCGAUGUAAUUUUCCCUCAUAUAUUCAUUAUUGUGUAAGUGAGACAUGUGAGCCCACGCGGCGAUUGUCCGGAUGAAAACAACAACAGAGGCGCGCAAAGAACAUUGGUUGAAGGUGGUCCUCUAACCUAAAAAGAGAACUUCUGAAAUACAGUGAAAUCAAACAAACACUCGCUCGCGCAGACAAAACAGUACCACUUUAUUCUAUACCGAGGUACAUAUUUCACGAACACGUCAGAUGAGUUUUUCAGCACCUUGUGACAAGGUUCCAAGUAGAGAUGAAAAAAGCAUUUCUUGUUCAAUAGAAAACACAUCUAGUCUAUAAAUUCAACAUAUAAAAAGACUGAAACUGGAAAUUCAAAUACUCCUUAUGAAAUUUACGUUAUCUUAAAGUUAUUCCCUUCUUUGAUGAUAUUCUUCGACACUUAGUGUAUUUUGCCGGCACGCACUUUAGGAAAUAAAAGUUUCGGUCUAUGCUCUAUAAGACAAACAAUUUAAAAGAUAAGUAUUAAUCCAACAUCAAGGAAAUUACUUACUUAAGAAAAGUUUUU